ACUGUUCCUACAACAACUACUGCUGAUACUACGUCAACUACUGCUCCUACAACAACUACUGCUGAUACUACGUCAACUCCUGCUCCUACAACAACUACUGCUCCUACAACAACUACUGCUCCUACAACAACUACUGCUGAUACUACGUCAACUCCUGCUCCUACAACAACUACUGCUGAUACUACGACAACUACUGCUCCUACAACAACUACUGCUGAUACUACGUCAUCUCCUGCUCCUACAACAACUACUGCUGAUACUACGUCAACUCCUGCUCCUACAACAACUACUGCUCCUACAACAACUACUGCUCCUACAACAACUACUGCUGAUACUACGUCAACUCCUGCUCCUACAACAACUACUGCUGAUACUACGACAACUACUGCUCCUACAACAACUACUGCUGAUACUACGUCAACUACUGCUCCUACAACAACUACUGUUCCUACAACAACUACUGCUGAUACUACGUCAACUCCUGCUCCUACAACAACUACUGCUCCUACAACAACUACUGCUCCUACAACAACUACUGCUGAUACUACGUCAACUCCUGCUCCUACAACAACUACUGCUGAUACUACGACAACUACUGCUCCUACAACAACUACUGCUGAUACUACGUCAACUACUGCUCCUACAACAACUACUGUUCCUACAACAACUACUGCUGAUACUACGUCAACUCCUGCUCCUACAACAACUACUGCUCCUACAACAACUACUGCUCCUACAACAAAUACUGCUGAUACUACGUCAACUCCUGCUCCUACAACAACUACUGCUCCUACAACAACUACUGCUCCUACAACAACUACUGCUGAUACUACGUCAACUCCUGCUCCUACAACAACUACUGCUCCUACAACAACUACUGCUCCUACAACAACAACUGCUCCUACAACAACUACUUCUGAUACUACGUCUACUCCUGCUCCUACAACAACUACUGCUCCUACAACAACUACUGCUGAUACUACGUCAACUCCUGCUCCUACAACAACUACUGCUCCUACAACAACUACUGCUGAUACUACGACAACUCCUGCUCCUACAACAACUACUGCUGAUACUACGACAACUACUGGUCCUACAACAACUACUGCUCCUACAACAACUACUGCUGAUACUACGACAACUACUGCCCCUACAACAACUACUGCUCCUACAACAACUACUGCUGAUACUACGUCAACUCCUGCUCCUACAACAACUACUGCUGAUACUACGUCAACUACUGCUCCUACAACAACUACUGCUCCUACAACAACUACUGCUGAUUCUAUGACAACUACUGCUGAUACUACGUCAACUACUGCUCCUACAACAACUACUGCUGAUUCUAUGACAACUACUGCUGAUACUACGUCAACUCCUGCUCCUACAACAACUACUGCUCCUACAACAACUACUGCUCCUACAACAACUACUGUUCCUACAACAACUACUACUCCUACAACAACUACUGCUGAUACUACGUCAACUACUGCUCCUACAACAACUACUGCUCCUACAACAACUACUGCUGAUACUACGUCAACUCCUGCUCCUACAACAACUACUGCUCCUACAACAACUACUGCUGAUACUACGUCAACUCCUGCUCCUACAACAACUACUGCUGAUACUACGACAACUACUGCUCCUACAACAACUACUGCUGAUACUACGUCAACUACUGCUCCUACAACAACUACUGUUCCUACAACAACUACUGCUGAUACUACGUCAACUCCUGCUCCUACAACAACUACUGCUCCUACAACAACUACUGCUCCUACAACAACUACUGCUCCUACAACAACUACUGCUGAUACUACGUCAACUCCUGCUCCUAUAUCAGCUACUGCUCCUACAACAACUACUGCUCCUACAACAACUACUGCUCCUACAACAACUACUGCUCCUACAACAACUACUGCUCCUACAAAAACUACUUCUGAUACUACGUCAACUCCUGCAACAACUACUGCUCCUACAACAACUACUGCUGAUACUACGUCAACUCCUGCUCCUACAACAACUACUGCUCCUACAACAACUACUGCUGAUACUACGACAACUCCUGCUCCUACAACAACUACUGCUGAUACUACGACAACUACUGUUCCUACAACAACUACUGCUCCUACAACAACUACUGCUGAUACUACGACAUCUCCUGCUCCUACAACAACUACUGCUGAUACUACGACAACUACUGGUCCUACAACAACUACUGCUCCUACAACAACUACUGCUGAUACUACGUCAACUACUGCUCCUACAACAACUACUGCUCCUACAACAACUACUGCUCCUACAACAACUACUGCUGAUACUACGACAACUACUGCUGAUACUACGUCAACUACUGCUCCUACAACAACUACUGCUCCUACAACAACUACUGCUGAUACUACGUCAACUCCUGCUCCUACAACAACUACUGCUCCUACAACAACUACUGCUCCUACAACAACUACUGCUCCUACAACAACUACUGCUCCUACAACAACUACUGUUCCUACGACAACUACUGCUGAUACUACGUCAACUACUGCUCCUACAACAACUACUGCUCCUACAACAACUACUGCUGAUACUACGUCAACUCCUGCUCCUACAACAACUACUGCUCCUACAACAACUACUGCUCCUACAACAACUACUGCUGAUACUACGUCAACUCCUGCUCCUACAACAACUACUGCUGAUACUACGACAACUACUGCUCCUACAACAACUACUGCUGAUACUACGUCAACUACUGCUCAUACAACAACUACUGUUCCUACAACAACUACUGCUGAUACUACGUCAACUCCUGCUCCUACA